AUUCAGGCUGCUAGCUAGUGCUAUGGAGAAUGGGAUGUCUGCUUCUGUCUGUUGUUGUCAAUAAUUAAUUGGUUUUAGUGAGCUAGUUUCAGAAUUUGUCAGGUGGGUUACAAGGGUUUACCGUUUGAAAUUUAAGUGGCUUUUAAAAAGCGAACUAUAUUUGAUCUACAAAUUACAAUUUUCGCUGCAGCAUAAUGGUGGAUUCUGAAAAAGAAGAAGCUUUAAGCUUGCAAAAAGAGUUUGAAUGGGUUCUAAGUAAAGAAGUUCAUGCUGUCCUACACCAACUCAAUACAAUCUUGGUGGAAUGUGCCCGACGAUUCCCUUUGAAUCUAUGUGGCAGCGAGAAUGUCCACAAAGAAGAGAAGUACUUCAUGUCAGUGCCACCUGACCAGCUGAAAUGUGUUGUUUCACUAGCUGGCGAUACAAUCACACAGGCGGACAUAAACUUCCGAGUCCAGCGACAGCAGAAUCAGAACUACAGAACGACUAUUGGAGGAGACAACCAUUGGAAGUUGCAUCAGAUACAAGAUGCUGCCAACCAUCUACAGCUGGCUCUCCAGCUGCUCGACAACAUCGAAAAGGACUACGCCUUCAAUUCAUCGGAAGAAGUUCUUCACAUCCUCGGGAACAUGCUAGGUUGUCUUCAGAGAGGGAGAAACACACUUAUAGUUCCACGGAAAAAGGCAAUGGAUGAACUGAUGAAAAGCCGUAAUAUGAAAUCGCUGAAGCCAAAUCUACCGGAAGACGUGGCCAUCAGCUUCUACAUCCAGAGUCACAAGCUAGUGUUUGCCGUGUACCAUGUGACAUCAGUGCACGGGACUAUGAAGUUCGACUGCCACUCGACUGACGCCUCGGUGCCUUGGCUAAACGAGGUUUUGGUUCUGUUCACCGUAGCACUGCAACUCUGCCAACAGCUCAAGGAUAAGAUUUGUGUGUUCGCCCAAUACAAGGACUUCACAAUCGGAUCACGCCCACAGUCCAGCAUUGCGUAGUGAGGAAAAGUAAAAUUGUUGUACUUAAAUCUCGUUGAGCAAUACUUUCCUUCUCUGAUAUUAUCUAUACUACUAGUCAUGACAAGGCUAUUUUUGCUCAGUGGUCCUGAAAUUGGCGUCAGCGAACUUAGUCUUUAAAGACGCAAAUACAGACAAGAUGUCUAUAGGGUGAAACCCUGGGAUAUACUCAGGGCCGGUUCUAGGAAUUUUUCAGAGCUAAGCGAACACCCGAAUCAGCGCCACUUAGAAUUAACUUAACCCUAUUUGUGAAUUUUUUCCCAAUAAUUUUGGGAAGAAUUUUUUUUAUAAGUUUAGGUAGAAGAAUACUAACUUGCAAUAAAAGGCUGUUUAUUAUUCGCAGAAAUGUGACAUUUAUACACUUUUUCUCAUCAUAUAAACUAUAGCAAAACCAAGGACACACUAAAAAAAACAGGCCGUAAUGUAAUGCUCGUCAAGCAUGACGUCACGAUAGAAGACGGCAAUGACGUAAUGUUUGCCGUUUGUGAUCAGCUGCUUGUUUUAAUCUUUCCUUGGCAAAUAAAUAAAUAAAUACCUACGUCAUUGCCGUCUUCUAUCGUGACUUCUUUGGGCUGACUGGACUCGCCACCAGGGGCCCAUUUCAUAAUAAACUACACGUUACAAGUUACAACUUGUAACUUGUAAUUUCCAUUAGAUUUGCAUUGGGCGAUCAGCUGAUUUACUAAUAAUAUUAGUUUGUACUUUAUUAUGAAAUGGGCCCCAGAUGAUUUCUACAAAAGUCUACUCAUUGAUUUGGCUUUUUUUCUUCCUCUUCCAAAUUCGCCUUACGCUUUCUAUGAUAAGUGCCAGACGGUUUCUUUUUUUCUGCCAUUGUUUUCAUAGUUUCGGCUCGCAAUAUGUUUUACUCACUCAUUCAGUUUGUACUUUCUUUUUAUUUAAUGCGCCAAUUAUAAAUUAAACUUAAAACUCUCGUAAUAAUUCGCUUAUCAACAAUCAUGAAUCAAAACAAUGCCAAUAUGAUACCGAUACGGUAUAGGCCCACGCACGAUUACUAGAAAAAUACCGGUAUGGAUCAUAAACAUAAACAAAUGACGUUUUUGGCCCGAAAAUAAACAUUAUUUAACAUUGCUUAAAUGGAACUGCCAAAACAUAUGUUCAAUGCUAUUAGUAUAGGAUUCGGGCCAACAACGUCAUUUGUUUAUGUUUAUGAUCCAUACCGGUAUUUUUCUAGUAAUCGUGGGCCUACGUAUACAACUAGUGCUCUGCUCUAGGAUCAGAGGCAGAAAGGAGUGAAAGAAAGGGGAAGUUUCUUGUUGUGACAAGUGGCGCUGCGCGCUUGCUUAUCUCGAGCAUGAGUGAUUCGUGAAAUGAAACCCAUAGGUGCCGCACUGGCGCUGACGCUGCCGACUGCCGAGCGUCAGCUCAGUUCAAAUCGAAACUGCAAAUGGCAUUGAGUCCUUGAGUUGUAGUGCUGUACAAAUAUACAAAUUUUCAAGUGCUGUUGGUACAAACAGAAUAAAUGCCUUUAUUGUGGUGCUUUGAAUACUUGAACUCUGAGCAAAAAUAAACAAAACUACGUUGUUCACGUAAAAAAAAUUUUCCGUUGGCACCACGGCGCCACUUUUUCGUGGUGCCAUAUGCGGCUGCGUAGUUCGCGUAUGGGUUAAACCGGCCCUGGAUAUACUUGUAUCUAUAUUACUUUUAAUCCAAUGUAAAUUUCAUUCUUUUACAUGUUUGGAUGGUAAGGAAGGAUCGAAACCUAGUAGGUAUCCUCAAAGAGGUAUUAUUACCACUGGCUGUUAAAAAAACUCCCCUUUUAAGUUAUGUUAACAUUGCAAUGGGUGAACUAUAAACAAUUUUGCUACAGCAUCCUUAACAUUUCUCCGCAGUACAACUUACAUGGGAAUUUAAAAAAAAUUUUGCUCUUAAGCCCUGUUUACAUGGUGUACAAAAAAAUGUUCAAAUCAUCCCGUGUCAACAAUAUGUUUUAAACAAACUUCGGUGUCCACACAGCUUAAAACAAGUAAAUCAAUAUCAACACUUCUUGUGAAAAAACAAUUUUCUGUCACUAACACCAUAAUAACUAGCUUUCUUUGGAUUAAUGUAAGAUUUUGUUUAAAAAAUGUGUUGUAAACUCUGCUAUAAAUGCAGCUCAAAAUAUUGCGUAGCACAAACAUUUUGUACCACAAAUUUUAUACCCAAACAUUUAAAAAUCUUGAAAGUAACAAGCUCUAGCAAUUUUGUCAAAAUUGUAACAUUCUAUUUUAAUUAAUUAGUUUAUUGUUUUAAUUCAGGUUUAUAUGUAUAGAUUUAGUUUGUAAAUAUUUGUAUUGGUUUUCACAAAGUAACCAGACAAUACAUUUUGAAGCUACGUAUUAUAAUUAUUAGUUCAUGUUGGAAAAAGUUUCAUAAUUAAAUUUGGAAAUUUAUAUAACAAAUAUUUUGUUUGUAAUCGUAUAGGCCUUCCUUACAAUGAAAAUAUUCCUUAAAGGGGGUAUAUUUACUAAGAUUGUUUUUGCAAUAGUACAUUAGACUAUCCAACACAAGUAGAUUACUCAUCCUUAUAUGUAAUACGUAAAGGCGAUUUCUACGAAACACUACUCCUCUGUUAAUAAUGGACGGAUUUUUACAAACGAUGUGUCAAAAUUAAGUAUUUUUUGUGUAGACGCCCCCUUUCCCCAAUUCAUGUAAUAAAAGUCCUCGGGCUUUGCCCCACAGGCUAUCAAAAUACCAAUGUAUUUCUUAUGAAGAAAAGAUUUUGUUUACUUAAACAGACGAAAGAUUUAUACUAACUAGUGUCCCUGUUGCUCGAAUUCGAGCAAUUGCUAAGUAUUACAGGCGUCAUUUUAAAUCAAAUUUCAACCAAGUCAGCAAAUGUUUGUAGCAAACUGUUAAAUUAGCAAACUUAUUGACUGUUUACAAUUAACAUAUGCUCUUCUUCUCACUUUUGAUUUCUGACAACAGCUGGAGUUUCAUAAAAAUUUUUGUUUCCAAUGUUAAUCUUAUGGAGAAAUACGAAACUUUAAAGGGCUCCAGGGCCUCACUCUCUAAUUAUAUCCCUAAAAAGAAAGUUUCCUGCACAACUUCAUGUUACGCUCUAUCCAAUGACACCAAAAACAUGACAAUCGGUUCAGUAGUUUCGGAGGAGUAAUUGUCACAAAAAAACUGCUUGCGUAUUAAAUAAGUACGAGAGGUCGUCCAGUGGUCGAAACUCGACCAAAAAUAUGUAAUGUAAACUUACUCACUUCUCUAUUUUCACCCCACACUGUAAAUAAAACAUGUGAUUGGAAUUUCUUCCCUUUGUUUUGAUUUUCUGUUUACAUUUUGUUGUUAUUUCGUCACCAUCAUGGCAACCCAUAUGGUCCAUGUUAAUUUUUUGAAGUUUUCAAAUUCAUUUUUUGUGCUUAUUUGUUAGCCUAUUUAAAUUUAUAAAGGGAUUCUGCACACCUACAGGAAAAUAGCUUUCCAACGGUAUGCGUAGAUUUUCCCUACGAUGCACACGAGCUGAGAAAAAAGGUUUUAAAGAAACAUGCUUGCCUAUUAAUAUAUAGAUAGAUAUAGAUUACAGCUGUUCAUAGUAAACACUUGAUACACACAAGAGCUUUCAUUUUCAGAUUCGAUAACUGGAGUGGAAUGAUUGAUUACACAUUAUCUUUGAGUUGACUCUUUUAAGUCAUUGGAAACUUUGAUUGUUAUUCGUUUUGAAAUAACGCAUGUAUUACUUUGCAAUUGCUCGAAUUCGAGCAACAGGUGCACUAGUCUCUUUGUAAAAUUUGCAGCUCCCUUUGUUUGUCUAGUUCAUGUUGGUGACACUGGGCGCUAGUGUUGACAAAAUCUUGUUUCUAUAAUUUUAGGGAAAAUUUCAUGGUUUGUGCUUUACUGUUUGGUUAAAUAACUAGGGGUCGAGUUAUUGUUUAUAAUUAGAUUGUUUGAUUUGGUUAAACAAGGUUUUAAAAUAACUGAAUUACUGUAACAAGAAACAAUUUGUUAAUAAAAAUACAAUCCUGGCAGGACCGAACGGAACUAACAAUGAAAUCUUCGAAUUUAGCAAAUUUAUUCUUACUAUCCUAUACUUAUAAAAUUUGAUCACAAAACUUUUCUUUUCCCCAUAGCAGCAAACCUAAGUACUCGUUUAUCUAAUGUUAUUUCAAUAGGGAGUGAAAUAUAAUGUCUUGUUUAAAGAAAUAUUUGAGUAAAAAUCCAUUUAAAAAAAUUGAAAUUUGCUUAUAUAUUUGCUUAUUAGUGUGCAGGUUUGCAUUGGCGCAGAGUCCAUCUUUACUGUAUGUUUGACCAACUAAAAUUUCUUUAACAAGAAUUUGUGUUCGUUAAAUAAGGGAAAACUGAUAAAAUUAGACAUAUAAAUGCUGGAGCUCAAAUGUUAAACAACCUGACUUUUGAAAGGAUUGUUUGCCCCAAAGGUGAUGUUGAGAAAUAGCUGAAGAGGGCAUGGUCCUAGAACAGCCUCAGUCCAGUGGGGUUUUGGCUCCUAGGACUGAAUCCUCCCAAAACUAACUAAGGACAGCUCCUGUACUUAGUCACGUAUCUUUGUAUACAGCAUUAGUAAUUCUAUUUUUUAAUCCAAUUUUCUAAGUAAAAAAAAACAAUAAUAAACCAACUAACACAUUGUAUACAAAGACAUCCUCACUCCACGGCCCCCGGGGCAAUUUUUGCCGUACCUGGACUGUUAGGAGUAUAAACAAAAUUUUAGAGAUAUGAAUUAUAUUUUAUCUAAAAUUACAAAAUGCUUUAUAAAUAUGUGUUAUGUCCUUCAGUUAGCUUAAACACAUGUUUAGGCUUUUAUUUUCAAAAAUUUUUCCCGGGCCCUUUUUUCACUGAUGUUUUUGUACCCUCCAAACCCAUAUGUUUACCCCACAACCCAAAAACGAUGACGAGCUGACACUGCAUGGGGCGCUGAGGAUAAUUUGAUGCAAACCAAAAUUGGCUCUCUGAGAAAUCCUAGUGAGGAUCCCUAGUAUCCGAAGUAAUUUUUAAAAAUCCUUUGGUUGUUGUAGUGUUACUAUUACUGGUAUUAGGUCUGUGUGGUUAUAGGUAUAAUUAUAUACAUAAAAAAAAGGUGAAAUCGUAGAAUUACAGGUUUUAAAAUGAAGAUAAUCAAUUUAACGUAAUUUAGAAUUAGUACUUAAAUGUCAAUAGGUCUGGUCAUAUUAUUGAAUUGCACUAUCUAAGUAAGGUAAAAUGUUAUUAUUCAGAUUUUUUUUAUUUUUGCUUCAACGCAAUAGACUUUUAUUAAAUUAGUUCAUACCUAGGCUUAUUUUAUUAUAGGUACCAUAAAUAAAAAUAUUUGUACACAAUUUUUGGAAAUGUCCGUUAGCUAUAAUGAUUAUGACUGAUUGUGGCUGAUUUGUCCACAAAUAAUUAGAUAAAAAGAUUACAUAUUCAAAGGACUUAACUAUACACAUUAUACUUACAAAUUGUAAAUUAACUAAUCAUCUGCCGUAAUUUGUGUCUUUGCUGUCAAAUGUCAAUUCCGAUCAGAUUGUUAAUUGUUGUUACUUGUGUAGACUACCAGUAUUUUAAAUAUAUUGCACUUGUAGAUAGGUUAGAUGUAUGUUAACGGAACAAGUGUGUUACUUAAGUGCUGAUCUGCUUAAUAGUUAUCACAAUUUAUAUGUAAUUUAGUAUAUGCAAGACAAUUUCAUUAUUUUGUAUAUAAUUUUAAUUAGUUUUUUAGCUUGAGAAGGAAUUAUCUGGUUUUCUUAGUAAUCUUAGUUUCAAUACUUACUGCCAUACGAUCGAUAUAUUUUUGAUUAAAACUAAAAAUAUAAAGGUUAUCUUUUAUUUGUUAUUCUCAAGUCUUAGUAUUGUCACAGAGAAGUAAUGAACAGAAGUUACACUCCAUGGUACACUUUAAAUGUGUCUAGCAGUAGUGCUGGUGUCUAGGGUAAAGUCCAACACCACCCCACUUGGUCCCAUGUACUACAAUGGUGGAGGAAGAAAUAAUUGUGCCUUUUGCAAAAGGAAUUUCCGAACAGUGCUUGGUUGUCAUAUAACUUGUUUCCUCUGUACCUCACUUCUCUGUGAUAUAGGUAGUUGAUGCAGGUUAUGAUUUGUAAAACAGAUUGUAUCACGUUAUUUUGUAUGAAAAAUUGUUAAUAAUAACAGAUACAAGAAGUUUUAAAAGUUUACAAAAUUUGUACAGCACAAACGUUUUUCCAAUCAAAUUUUUUCAAAAUUAAACAACAGUCGGAAAGAUAGUAUUUGAAGCUUGGUAGGUUAGUAGAAAAGCUAUCUGAAAGUAUUAAUUUAGUUUUAAGACAAUAAUAAGUGUUAAGAAUGGAUGUUAUUGUAAUUUGGCUGUGAGAAAAAGAUGUUUUCUCCCACAUGUUUGCAUUGUUGAUUGAAAGCAAUAAAUUUUAUUGUUGACAAUGCUUA